GCGCCCAAGGCGGGAGCUUGCCAGACUCACUAAGACCCCAGGCCCCAUGGCGCAGAGACCGCUCAGCACCACAGCGGCAGAACGCAUGAACCUUGUGGCCCAGGAUGAGAUCUGGAAAUGCCGUCUGAAGGCUGAAUCUGAAGCACGGCAAAACUGGCCCCAUAACUGGGGUUUUUUAACAACCCCCUUCGAGGAGCUGAUCAAGGGUGAAGAAGAACCUUCCAUCCCACGGCCCAGAAUUGAACUUCCUGAGCGUUUUCAAAUCCGGCCAGUGACCCCAGUGGAGAAAUACAUCAAGGUUCUUCCCUCUCCGCCAAUCCCACAGACGACCCAGGGCUUCAUCGGCUGGAGGUCUGCGGUGCCAGGCCUGAACAAGUGUCUGGAGUAUGACGAAAUCAGAAGCUGCAAAGGGGCGUUUGCCCGAGAGCUGCACUGGCCCAAGCAGGGGGUACACUGAGUCCACAC